UCAGUCGGUGGUUGGAGAGCUGUGUCGGGACCGUGAGUUUGAAUGCCGGAGCACUUCAGGGACGGGCUCGAUCAUGGAGUCUGAUCACCACAUUGUUAGGUCCGGACGAGUGGAACCGAAGGAUCUGUUUCCAUGAUGUACAUCUCUCUGCUGAUGACUAUGAGCCAGAACAGGCAAUCACCACAGGACAGAACAGGACCACAUACUGCAAAAAAACAGCACUACAAGAAAAAAUGGCCAAACUAACACACAACAGAGAGGACACCACAGCACACAUCUGUGUUAGAAACCUCUCCCACAGACAGCUCACAGACAUGGAAAGAACAAUACUGGCCAAGGGACUCAACUACAACCACAGGGACACCAAGACAGUGGACUUCCUAGCAGCACUAGAAUGCACACUCAGGAACAAUGGACUGACAGAACAGACACAACAAACAGUGAGACAAAGUAUCGUACCUCUGAUAACAAGGAAAAGACAAACACAUAAUCUCAACACCAAGGAGAGGGAAGCACUAAAAUCACUAAGAACUGAUAAGGACAUAAUCGUACUACCAGCAGACAAAGGCAGAAUGAUGGUCAUCCUGGACAAAGCAGACUACAUCCAAAAAGCGCAACAACUACUUGCAGAUACCAACACCUAUCAAAAGAGGGAGUUCGACCCCACCCCACAGCUCAUCAAUAGGAUUAACAACACACUGAGGAACCUACAAAAAAAUGGACAGAUAACCAGGUUUGACCUACAAAGAAUGAAACCGGAAAGCAACAACACCCCCAGAUUCUAUGGACUACCUAAAGUGCACAAACCACACGUCCCACUCAGACCCAUAGUAUCACUACCAGGGACACCAUCACACAAACGGGCUAAAGAACUACAGCAGAAACUGAAACACCUGAUCAGCGGAUCCAGAGACUCUAUACAAUCUACACAGGAAUUCUUGGACAUCAUCGGCAAAGCCUAAAGAUUUCACAAGCAUGCAGGACUGGGUGAUGCUGUUAGCUGACAGCUCAGAGAAUGUGUUUUAAGUACGAAUAAUGUUUUGAUGCAAUACAAAUGUCUGAAGCUGCACUGGAGUCAGGAGACAUAGGACGUCACUGCUUUUUGUUACAUGUUGAUUCUGAUGCAAGUGAUGUUUCUUUUAAUGAGAAAUUAUUGAGGUUGCAAAUGUUAUUUGUGACAUAAAGUCUUGUUUGAUAGAAAUUUACCUCAUAGGAGCAACCUCACUUUGAUUUCACGAGAAAUUCAUCCUGACAAAUUGGAAUGACCAGACGUUAUGUGAUAAUAUUGCUAUAGCCAACUGUUAAUGCUUUUGGAGACAAUGCUAUUGAGCAAUAAGGGUUCCUUAAACAGUCUUUGUCAAGUUGGUAAUGAAUAUGUAACAAUUUUAAGCAAUGCCUAACAGUCUCAUUUUGUUUUAUUUAUAUUGGUAUAAAAUUCAUGAAAGAAGCCACAGAUAAAGACUCCAUGAACAUGUUGCCAAUCAUUUCUUCGGGGCAACGUCAGAUUGUUUGUUUCCUUUUCAGAGUUGAAAACCCUCAGCAUUUGAAGAUUGACGAAUGAAUGGUGUUCAGAAAACAUGCUAAUAUUGCAAUGAAGAAGAGUUCUGAAGUCAUGUUAUGUUAACUCUUGCUUCUCUCUGCACAAAUACUGCCAGAUGUCUUGAGUAUUUUGCAUUUAUCAGGCAUGUUUUCUGAAGUAGCCUUUCAUCCAACACACAUUGCAGGAUGAAUGUGCAAUAUGUUUGCCUCUGUCUCACUGUUAAGCUUGUAACUGCUCCCUAACAGCUCACCAUGUGUACUAUGAUUUCAAAGCUUGGCCAUACCAGUAUCAGGUCAGUCAUUCGUGUGGAAGAACUGAAUACCCAUGAUCCUUCGCAUUGUAGAGUUGUAUCUUGUCAACAGAUGGACAUCAUGCUGCUCUUUAUUUUUAAAAAAUAGUUCCAAGAAAUAUGGAUAAUAUUGAGUUUGAUGCUAUUGGUACGAGUUACACAUACACACCCAAGAUACUUUAUGCAAUCACAAGGAUAAGUGGAAUCCAUUUAUCAUUACUCACCGUUUACCAAAACUUUCAGUAAAUCUCAUGAUGUUAUUUUAUAUGAAUGAUCCCUGGAACAAUUUUCUUUAAACAGUAUUAACUUCCAUAUAUACUUCAUAAUUGGACAAACAUUAGGUAGGACUUGCUAAUUAGGUGUAACAAAAAUAAAACUUCAUCUAAUUAUGAUUA